AUGAAGUUACAAUGCAUUCUUUCCACAGUCUUUACUUUGGCACCCGUCUUUGCCAUCCUUCCUGAAGCGCAGAUUGCGUUAAAAGAGGACAGAAAUCAGCCUGGACCACAGUCACUUCCGAAUUUGAUGACCGUCGCGAACGUCGAAGAAUUGGAACUGAAUUGGGAAAUAAAGGGAUCCAUGGCGCUUGAGGCCGGUCGCUUGCUCGUUGAUAGUGAGACCGGCUCUUUGUGGUCUAGAAAGUUGUUGGAGAACUCUAAGGAUGAAUGGACGAUCGACUUGGUGUUCAGGAAUUCGGAGCAAGUUGACGUCGAUGAUCAUUCUUUUUAUGAUACCAAUGGAAUCUCGUUCUGGUUGCUUGAUUCAGACUCCCCAUUUGACACAGAUGUGCUGAACUUUGGUGGACCAAAGUCUUUCGAUGGUUUCCAAUUUCUUAUGAAUAAUAAAGAAUCUCGUGGCUUGAAGAUAUUUUCGAAUGAUGGUUCAAAGUCUACAGAGAACACGCUCGAUCAAGCUUUGGGAUUUUGCGCUAUCAACUACUUGGAUUCUAUGGUACCAUUCACCCUUCGUAUCUCUUAUUCUGCUCCACGUAAGUGGUUUAAGAUUCAGAUAGAUAACAACUUGUGCUUCAAAACAGACUUAUUGUCUUUCAAUGAGAUCAAGAAGGACUUGAAAUUUGGUAUUUCUGCAUCUACUGACCAAAAGUCGAAAGAAUAUUGGGAAGUCUUAAAACUCAACGUUUACCCAUACUUAACCGAGGAUGCAAUUGAUGACCAUGGAAUAAUUGCAGAUGGUGGAGUGAAGUACAUCACUGUUACUCAGGAUGAGGAGUCCACAGAAACUUUCCACCCUUCCACCAAUAGAUUGUCAUUGCUUGAGAGAGCCAGGAAAAUGAAGGAGGAAAUACUUUCCAACUCGGAAAAACCUGCGGCACAAGAUUCUUCGGUAGACAACUCGUUGGCGACUAUCAACUCUAAGCUAACAGUCUUGGAAGAGAUGAUGAACCAAAUUGAUGCCAAGAAGAUGGACGAGUUUUCCAAGACUCUUGAAGAGGUCAAAAUUAUUCAAAACGAACAGGUUAGCAUUCUCAAUCAUAUGAAAAACACUUAUGGGGAAUUCGAGACCCUUCUCAAUGUUCAGUACAAGGAAAUGAAUCAGGCUGUUGUGCAGUUGCACCAAAAGAUGCUCGACGAGAUAAAAAGUCAUCAGAGGGAAGUGCUCAAUAUUGGUGACAAGGUUGACUUGCUCAUGACUAACCAUAAAGAAAUUCAAGAGCAGUACAGAAACAAUGAAGCGGUGGUUAUGGCUCCUGAAUCUUCCGAGCUUUUUAGUGUUAUAAUUAAGUGGGUGUUGUUCCCGAUUGUCGUUGGUAUUGCCGUCUUGAGUGUCAUUUUGUACAGAAUUAGAAAGGACAUCAAACACUCAAAGUUGCUUUGA